GCACUGACUCAGUUUUAAAAACGAAUACGCUAAGAGAAACAAACAAAAAAACAAAUUCGUACUUUGACACACCCUUGUGUUAAGUUCGAUUAUUUAUCCACCGAGUUUGGGUAGCAUUUGAUACGGCGAAGCAUUUUUUUCAUCGAACAGUAGCGCAAUAUGAUUAAACUAUUAUGGCCAGCAAUUCUGCUGGCCAUCGUCCACCAGUCGUUCCAGUUUAACGAAGUUUUCGACGAGGAACUUUUCGUGAAACCACUCCCCGAUGGGUUUGUUUAUAGUUAUUUCCAGUUCACGACACGCUGGGAGCUGUCGGCGAACGACAGCCUCCUUCACACCAAUCUCGUGCCUCGGUCUCUGGCGGAACUCUUCUACCACUACCAAAUCAGUGAGCUGCACCUAAGUUUCACCAACGGAAUAUGGCGUUACGAAAACUGGGGCUUCCCGGUGGUGGACGCUGGACCGGGUGCCGAAGUGUGGGCAUGGUUCGAACCCCCGGCGGAUGAUAACGAAGUGGACAACAAGUGGAAACUGCUGUGUGGUACUCUUUCGGGACUGUUCUGUGCUUCGCUGAGUUUCGUCGAUAAGACAAACACCUUCCGGCCGGAGUACUCUUUAAGGUCUCUUACGCACAAGUUCAGUGAUCAGCCACCUUCUAAGGUUCGUUACGCGGCCCUGCCGCGAGAGAUUGUGUGCACGGAAAAUUUGACCCCGUGGAAAAAGCUACUCCCCUGCAAGCUGCGGGAGGGUUUCGUCUCACUGCUCACACCGGACCACGUCUAUUCCGGUAAUUACCAUUCACUUGCAGUACACGUGAGGAAGCUUUGCGCAAAUGCGGCUUGCGAUGAUUUUCAGCUGGAAAUUCGCCAGACCGUGAGUUUGGUGCAGGAUCAACGGUUGUUCGGGGGAAAAGAUUGGUCUAUUCGGAAGCUUUUCGGACAGGGAAUGGAAGGUGCCUGCAUAUUGGCUAAUACUAGCAAACUAUACGUUGAUGUCACGGAUAAGGAAUACGACAUGACACAGAAGCCCACAAACAUCUUGCAAACUACCCGAGGUGGUGCCACUUCUGUUCUGUAUGAGUACGACAUCAAAGAGUUUGAGAAGAAACAGCGUAUGUUCAAUGUGGCGGUGGUCGAUAAAAAAGAUCCAAACGUGGUUACGCUCACACAGCCACCCCCAAUUUCUUCGAAGCGAUUCAUAUCCGGAGUAGGGCAGGAGCGUGGUCGUAUCGUAACCCGAAUCACCAACACCCACUGGACGGAGCUAAAUUUGAUCGUUUUCGAAAACAUUCCAUGGUUUGUCCCGGUGUAUCUUCAUACGCUUAAGAUUCACAAGGGAGAACAGCGUAUCGACCCAAAAACAGUGAAAUACGUUCCAGGCCGUCAACGAGAGCGACCAACGCUUCUGGAGAUAGCUCUCACCAUUCCAGCCCGUUCCGCAAUCGAACUCUCGAUAGAUUUCGAUUAUAUUUUCCUCAAAUGGCAAGAGUACCCACCGGAUGCCAACCACGGCCACUAUCUGCAGCCGUCUAUUAUCUCAGUGUUACUUCCGAUCGCCCGCAACUACACUUCCCUGCCACGGGAAGCUUCGCUGUAUCGGGACUCAUUCAACGCAACCCAACCGAACGGAUACUUCCUGCAGAUUCGAACCGAAGCCCUGUUGCUGACGCUUCCGAUGCCGGAUUUCAGCAUGCCCUACAAUGUGAUAUGUCUGGCGUGCACCGUGGUGGCGCUUGCCUUCGGACCGAUACAUAACAUUUCCACCAAAAAGAUCGUCGCGAAGAGCAAGGAACCUGCCAAACCAAACCUGAUGGUGAAGCUGAAGGAAAAAUUCUGCUGGUGGAAGAAAAAACAAGAUGACAAGGUUGAGUGCGCGGCAGAAGAAACCGUUUCGACGGGCAAGCAGGAGUGAUGCUAGAUACCAAAAGAGAGGACUGAAAAUGUAAAACUAUUUUUUCAUUUGUAUGUAAUGAUGAGUUGCUUCUAAGUCAGGAUUGAAAUAAAUGUAACAUUGUGAACUGA